GUGUUGGAUUCAAUGAUGGACAGUGGCAUUCCAUCUCCUUGUCUGCUAGAAGGAAUCUGCUGAGUGUGGUGGUGGAUGGCCAUGUGACCUCUGCUGCUUCUUUUCUGGGGACUGAACAGAUUUACUCAGGAGGCACCUAUUAUUUUGGAGGUUGUCCUGACAAAAGCUUUGGAUCCAACUGUAAAAGCCCACUGGGUGGAUUUCAGGGAUGCAUGAGACUUAUAUCCAUCAACAACAAAGUGGUAGAUCUGAUUGCUGUCCAGCAGGGGUCCCUUGGGAACUUCAGUGACCUUCAGAUAGACUCAUGUGGCAUCUCAGACAGGUGUUUGCCCAACUAUUGUGAGCACGGUGGUGAGUGCUCCCAGUCCUGGAGCACCUUUCACUGUAACUGCACAAACACUGGCUACACGGGAGCAACCUGCCACAGCUCUAUCUAUGAGCAGUCAUGUGAAGCCUAUAAACAUAGAGGAAAUACUUCAGGGUUUUACUACGUAGAUUCAGAUGGAAGUGGUCCUCUGGGGCCAUUUCUCCUCUAUUGCAAUAUGACCGAAACUGCAUGGACCAUCAUACAGCACAAUGGCUCUGACUUAACAAGAGUCAGGAAUACUCAUCCAGAGAACCCAUACGCUGGGGUUUUUGAGUAUGAGGCCAGUGUGGAGCAACUCCAGGCCACAAUCAACCGUGCAGAGCAUUGCAAACAAGAGCUUGCUUAUUACUGCAAGAAGUCACGGCUUAUAAAUCAGCAAGAUGGAACCCCUUUGAGCUGGUGGGUUGGAAGAACCAACGAAACACAGACUUACUGGGGAGGUUCCUUGCUUGAGCCUCAAAAAUGUACUUGUGGCUUGGAAGGAAGCUGCAUUGAUCCCCAAUAUUCUUGCAACUGUGAUGCUGACCGAAAUGAAUGGACCAACGACACUGGAUUCCUUUCCUAUAAAGAACAUCUGCCAGUAACUAAGAUAGUGAUUACGGACACUGGCCGGCCACAUUCAGAAGCAGCUUAUAAACUGGGACCUCUGCUGUGCCAGGGAGACAGGUCAUUUUGGAAUUCAGCUUCCUUCAAUACUGAGGCUUCCUACCUUCAUUUUCCUACUUUCCAUGGAGAACUCAGUGCUGAUGUGUCUUUCUUUUUCAAGACAACAGCUCUGUCUGGGGUAUUUUUAGAGAACCUGGGAAUUACUGAUUUUAUACGGAUAGAGCUACGCUCUCCGACAACAGUGACCUUUUCAUUUGACGUGGGAAACGGUCCUUUCGAAAUCUCAGUGCAGUCACCUACCCACUUCAACGACAACCAAUGGCAUCAUGUUCGAGUUGAAAGGAACAUGAAAGAGGCAUCCAUUCAGGUGGAUCAACUCUCACCAAAGACACAAGCAGCUCCAGCUGACGGCCAUGUCCUUUUACAGCUCAACAGUCAACUCUUUGUGGGUGGGACGGCCACCAGACAGAGAGGCUUUCUGGGAUGCAUCCGGUCUCUGCAGUUGAACGGGAUGGUCCUGGAUCUGGAAGAAAGAGCCACAGUGACUCCAGGGGUCCAGCCAGGUUGUCGGGGACACUGUGGCAGCUAUGGGAAGUUAUGUCGCAAUGGAGGAAAGUGUAGGGAAAAGCCCAGUGGGUUCUUCUGUGACUGCACUUCCUCUGCCUACAUGGGGCCGUUCUGCUCCAAGGAGAUUUCGGCAUAUUUUGGAUCUGGCUCAUCUGUGGUUUACAAUUUUCAAGAAAAUUAUUCCUUAAGUAAAAAUUCCAGCUCCCAUGCUGCUUCUUUUCAUGGUGAUAUGAAGCUGAGCAGAGAAAUGAUCAAAUUUAGUUUCCGAACAACACGAGCACCAAGCUUGCUGCUUUAUAUGAGUUCUUUUUACAAAGAGUACCUUUCAGUUAUCAUUGCCAGAAAUGGAAGUUUGCAGAUAAGGUACAAGUUAAAUAGAUAUCAAGAACCUGAUCUUCUUAACUUUGAUUUUAAAAGCAUGGCUGAUGGACAGCUUCACCACAUGAAGAUGAACAGAGAAGAAGGAGUGGUCUUUGUAGAGAUUGAUGAUAAUACGAGGAAAGUCCACCUGUCAUCAGGCACAGAAUUCAGUGCAGUCAAAUCUCUGGUACUGGGUAGGAUUUUAGAACACGGUGAUGUAGACCAGGAGACAGCACUAGCUGGAGCACAGGGCUUCACUGGCUGCCUCUCUGCGGUGCAGUUCAGCCACGUGGCCCCUCUGAAGGACGCUCUGCACCCCAGCCACCCAGUACCUGUCACCAUUACAGGGCAUGUGACAGAGUCUAGCUGUGUGGCCCAGGCUGGCACUGACGCCACAUCAAGGGAAAGGACACAUUCAUUUGCAGAUCAUUCUGGAGCAAUGGAUGAUAAAGAACCUCUCACUAAUGCAAUCAGAAGUGACUCUGCUGUGAUUGGAGGUCUGAUAGCCGUUGUGAUCUUUAUCUUGCUUUGCAUCACUGCCAUAGCCAUUCGCAUUUAUCAGCAGAAAAGGUUAUACAAAAAAAAUGAGGCAAAAAGGUCAGAAAAUGUAGACAGUGCUGAGGCUGUUUUGAAAAGCGAGCUUAAUAUACAAAAUGCAGUCAAUGAAAAUCAGAAAGAGUACUUCUUCUGAUUGGCAGCUAUGGUUUAACUUAUAAUGAUGACAAUUUGUUUCAAUAGCCGGGGGCUCUCAGUGGACCAGAGCUCUUCUUACUCUGAAUGUACAGGCAAUGGAUUUGCAGCACUGCCACCUUGCCAUGUCCAGGCUUGGGAUGGCUCCAGGAGGCCUCAUCCAGUGACAUACUUCAUGUUGCAAUCAUUCUAUGUAACAAGGAACUAGAUAUCACUGUUAAUUUCCAACUCUUCUGAUAUGACCUAAAAUAAGAUUAACAUGCUUAAUGCCUACAGUUUUUAAAUGUGAAAACUGUAGUCCUUGUCUCUUUGCUAUGUAAAACAUAAGUUUUGAUAGAAGUAAGAUAUCAAAAUUGGGAUAUAAUGACCGUGCUUUAUUUGAGAACAUAUGCUGUGUUUGCUUUCAUCUUCCCAUGGUGUUGUUCAUAGACCUGGAAAUGCUUCUAAGAUCCUGUUUGGCUGGUGUUUGCAUCUUCAAUGGCCAAAAGUAUAAAAAGCCCCUUUGCCUUUCUCUGUAUUACUUCCAAUACAUCGAUAGUCUGGAAAAAUGUUUUGUUGUCUUUGGCUUGUUUGUAUUGCUCUUUUUCUGUUUGACUCUUAAUGAUUUUUUAACACAUUUGGGUUUGAGUGUGUCUGACUUUAACUCUAAACAUGCAAUUUAUAUGUAAAAAGACUCGAAGUGCAGUGGUUGUCAGUGUAUGAUGUUUUACCUUUAAAAAGUUUUCUAUUUAAUUUGUUAUCAUUGUUUGAUGGUGACAGUAGUUAAAACCCCAAGUAAUUCUAAUUUCCCAAAGGUUGUAAAAUGUUUUCAAUUAAACAUGUUGAUAUAAAAAUUCUUAACACAGCAAAAAUUAUUUUUUAAUUACAACUUAAUACCUCGAAUUAAGUAUAUUUUGGGGAAUAUUUUCCCUAAACCUCCAGUCAGUUGUUUUCUAGGUUUACAUUUUUGUUUUUCUAAAAUUUUUUUAACCAAGUUUUCUUUGAUAUCCCAUGACUAUAGUCUAUGGAAUAUCUUCUUAUAUAAUAGAAACAAAGCGACAAAUUAAAGUAUAGAGCUCCAGUCUCCCAUUCUAACAUACCUGUCCCUUUGGGCAUA